AAGGUCUCACCAGCACGUUAGUGGGUGGGCCAGUGAAGCCCCACGUGCUCCAUGUCUCCAGGUCCACGGCUCUUCGCUCAGCCUCUCCAGCCUUUGACGAUAGGCCUACAGACGAGUGUGUGAUCCUGCCGUGGAGCUCGGUGACACUGACAAGCGCGCACACACAUCCCUACACACGCAACGACGCCGCUGUGCUGCUGGAGCUGAGCACAAAAACCCCACAAGGCUCUUUUUGAUUCACCAGAGGCAGUGAAAGAAGGCUAGAGAUGCGGGUGCCUUGUUUGAAGAAAGCUCGCUCUUGUGUUUGUCUUCAGUGUCAACAUCAGUCCAACCGUAGCUCCGUGCGCGUCUCCCCUCAGUUCAUCUAACGGCGCUGCACCGAGGACAUCACUAGGACUAUGUGAGCAUCAUGCUCGCUGUGAGAUGCCUGCUGUUCGCUGCAGUGUGUGCACGACGCUCCGUGACAGGUAAAGGUUAGUGUUCUGAUUUUUAUUCCACAUCUUGUUGUAAAAUAUAAAAAACGACCAGGCAGACUUUGAUCUAUUAUUGCGUCCCCUUUACCUGCGCCCCUACAACGUGGACCGGGGAAUUGUUGCGCUGGUGUCAACAAGCAGCUCAACAUCAACCCCAGAAAAAUCAGACAACUGGACCACGAAUGCUGAUUCAAAACCUCAGUCUCAGCCUGCCCUCCUCCAUGUGCCCUGAACCUUCUCCUAUCUUCUGCAGGUCUGAGGGAGUGGAGGAGUCUGGAGGAGAGGUUGCCGCCUGCAGAAGAGGUCGUGCAGCCCAAACGGCUUCUACAUCAGAUCUACUCCCAGGAGGAGCUGCUCCACAGCCGACUGGACACCCGGGUCAAGAACUUCUCAGACGGAGCUCAGGUGAGCUCACAUGUGACUUACCUUACAUCCCUUACAUAAACUGCAAAUGCUGUGCACUGUGUGUUUACUUACUUGUACAUGUUUACAGUCUUAAAACACUACAUCAAAAGUUGCUUCUUUGUAAAUGAGCCUUAUUCAACUUUUUAAACAUGUAGACCAAAAUUUUUUAUCAGGUAAGGUUUAAUUAAACCAGAUUGUUGGCAUUAACCUCUGAGGUCAGUGGUUUUUAUGCAUUUCACCAACUAUUUGUAACUACCAUUGUUUAAACAUCAAUCCUCCAGUGGAGAGAUCAAUAUAAAGUGAAUAAAAGAUUCGAGCUGAUAUAGCAGCAGAUUAUCCUUAUGUAACAAUGUGUUGCACUAGGUUGCGUUGUGUUAUACGUUACGAUAUGUUAUGAGUAACAUUACUUUGAGUUACGUUAUGUUGAGUUACUUUACGUUGAGUUACGUUUUGAUGAGUUACUUUACAUUGAGUUACGUUUUGAUGAGCUACAUACCUUGCGUGGAGUUACACUGCAUUACAUAGAGUUACAUUAUGUUGUGUUACGUUUAGUUAGUUGUGUCAAGUUUAGUUGUGUAACACUGAGUGACAUUGGGUUACAUUACGUUGAGUCACUUUAUGUUGAGUCACGUUACGUUGAGUCACGUUACGUUGAGUCACGUUACGUUGAGUCACGUUACAUUGAGUUACUUUACGUUGAGUUGAGUUACGUUAUGUUGAGUUACGUUGAGUUACGUUGAGUUUCAUUACACUGAGUUUUGUUACGUUGAGUUUUGUUACGUUUCGUUGAGUUACGUUACAUUGAGUUACAUUACAUUGAGUUUUGUUACAUUGAGCUAUGUUACACUGAUUUCCGUUACGUUGAAUUACGUUGAAUUAUAUCAUGUUGAGUUACAAUCUGUGUCGAGUUAAUUUAUGUUGAGUUUUAUUGUGAUAUGUCACAUUAUGUUUUGUUUCAUUGUAAUAUGAUAUGAUACAAUGGGAUAGGAUAGGAUAGGAUACAAUAUGAUACAGUACAAAAUGAUACUGCACAAUAUGUCAAGAUCUGGUGGUGUAAAUUGGCACAGCUGAAAACUGAAGUCACCUCUAAUCUUCAUCUCUCUUGAGACCGUAUUCACCCUUGUUUGUCCCCUUUUGUGGUGGUCAGACAUACUCAUGUACACAACAUGUCAGGGACUCCCCCCCCCCCCCCCCCCCCCCCCCACACACACACACACACACACACACACACACUGCCUUGUCCUUUGGAGUCUGUCAGAUAAUAUUGCACACCUCUACCUGUCCUCUCUUGUUACCUGUGGUAUGAACUCUAUCUGUCAGUCAGCGGAUUGUUGGUCAGUGGGUCUGACCUUGAGCGCCUCAUGAUCUCUUUGCAGCCUAAGACUGUAGAAGGCUGAGUGCUGCAACCGUAAAGAAAUUAAAGUGAGACUGAGGUAGAAUUGGAAAAAGCCUCUAUGAGCAGUAAAUGAUGCAUUUUGGAAUAAUGUCAUUCAUGUUAUGUCUCUCACAAAAAAAAGAAAAUAAGAGGCUAUUUUGCAUUACUUGUUUGUUCUGUAUGAAUUAAGUUAUAUAUAUAUAUAUAUAUAUAUAUAUAUAUAUGUAGUGUUGAACUGAGAAAUUGUACGGUGUGCCAACAUUUAUUGCCUGCAAUUAUGUGUUCAUAAAAGCAUAAUCCAAAACAACAGUGCAAAUCUCCACAGUUGGAGCCUUAAAGCAGCUUUCUUACCACUGCUAAUGGGUCACCAUUGUGGCUCUUUAUUGUACAGUCUGUGGACCCAGUGGAGGCUUGGAUUGAUACUAAGUGGUUUGCAGAGAGAGCAUGCUAAUACUAAUGAGACCUGCCUGGCCUGCAGCGAGCCAGUAAGUACUGAUGGGGGCCACCACAGGGAUCCGUCUGAUAAUGUGGAUGGAGUUCACCUUGAAACAAGGUUAUUCAGAACUCAUGAGCCCCAAUACACAGUAAUCUAACAAGCCUGGAGGAUGGAUGAGGCAGUCUGCCCUCUGGGAGACGUUACUUAAGGUAGUGGCUCCUUAUUAUCUGAGUUUGUCACUGUCCACAUUGUUCCAUUACUUAGUCAUUAUCAUUUCAUUCAAAAUUUCACACAAGCACGGACUCCUGACAAUUUUGUGACUUAUAGGCCAAAACAUAAUGCAAAAGCAUGAAUUAAACAUGCAAGGUUUAUUAAUUUCAGAGUACGCUUUGGCCAAAAAAGUCUUUUUUUCCAGUUCAGUUUGAACAGUAAUAACAACAGUUAUGUCUUUUCACAGUAUUAACUGUCUACUUUUCUACUUAAGGACCAUUAUACUGCACCAAAGUGGUCGGAUGACCUUGUCGUAUAAGUAUUUACUGUUUAAAGGCCUCUGACUGCUUUGUAGUUGCAGACUUGAAUGUGUUUGAACCACAGACUGUAUGAAAUGGUUGUGAUCUUACUAAUGUCACCCUCUAGUUUUCUGAAGAGGCGGCGGCGCUAUAAAACCCAAAUAAGGCAGUCAGCAUGUUGGAAAGGCUGACUUCAAAUAACUUUCAGCUUACCAGGUUCCGACAAAGUGGUGGAUUUAAAGCUUUAGCCGUGUUGCUGUGAUAAACAGCAAUGUGCAGACUUGUCAGAAAAUUCAGUAAAGCCCCUUAUAGUGUGAAAGUGUAAAAACUUUUGCCUCCACACAAAUGAAGCGCAUGAGUUCUAAAAAAAUCAUCCCCAUAUAGUCGUCAUAAAUAAUGACAUAAGCUAAAGAGCUGCUGUAUGAACUUAGCUGCAAGCAUGUUUGAUGUUAACUCCAGUCUCUUUUUUCUUCUCUGCCUUUUAUACCUCACUCUGCAAACCCUCCAUCCCUUUUGUCAGCCUGUCCACCUGGCCCAGAGCAGCUUCUUGGUGGAGGCCUUUGGCAAAUCUUUCAUCCUUGACCUGGAACUCAAUCAGUGAGUCUGCCUUCAGUUCAGAGCGUUCACACAUCCUUACCUCAGAGACACAAUGUUUAAUGCUUUGUUUAUGACAGUAAAGCCCAAACAGUCUUACUGUCUACCUUUCCUUAUCUGUCUCUCACCGACCCAGCAGUGUGCGGUACUAUAUGUCCUAUAUGUUGGCAGUGUAUAGACUGACUGAGGGCUGAACAACACUUUAAAUGUAAAACUCCCUCCUCCUUCUCCUUCCCUCAGUUUUAAAUUGCUCUAAUGGGCUGUAUUUAUGUUAUAUCUUUCAUUGGCUUUUAGGCACUUACAAUAUCUUGACACAUUUUCUUUUUGCUUAUAAAUCACCCAUUUGUUGAUCCAGAUUCACAGAAGUCGUCAUGUUUAAUGCUGAUAGUACUCCGUUAAAAAGCACUUCAGGAUGAUGAAACAUAAUGGCUCCUAAUAGCUACACAACUUGCAUUUUCAAACAGUUAUUGAAGCACUGACGUAAGAUUGAAAAUAAUUGUCUUUCUCACCUUUUUAUUCCUUUAUCUUUGCAGCAACCUAUUGUCUACAGACUACGUGGAGCGUCAUUAUGAUAAGGAUGGACAGCUGUCACAGAAUAUGGUAAGACUGUUUCACAAACUUUCACUUUUUAGCUGAAAUAUUUCCAACUUUCAUGGCUGGUAUAAACCCUAGAGAAAAAUUAAAUCACAUCAAACAAAGCAGUGCUGAAUUUUGAUGCCUUUAAGACACUUAUUCAUGCAAACUCCCAAUGUGAUUUUUUAAGACCAAUGCUGUUAUGUUGUUUUGCUUCAUGUGUGUAUAAGCAGGUUAUUUUCAUGUGCGUUGCUGUGCUCUCUGGUUUCCUUCGUGUGUCGUUACUCAUAUUCUGCUGAAUCUGUGGAAAGUGUCCAAAUGUCAGGCUAGUUUGUUUACUCAUCAGAGACAGGCAGCUGAUACCAACAGCUUGACUCUCAUCAGCUUACGAGGGAUGCUUCAUAUUGUAGACUCUGUCAUUCCCUCUUUCUGCCCAGCUUUUUGCACUCUCUCUGUGUCUGUUUGUCUGCCAAAGACCACCUGACCAAUCCUUGGAUGGUUACCAUGGAGACCAGCAGCAGCAGCCUAGGUCUAUUUUGUUGUGUUGUGAGGGGAAUUCAAAUCAUGUCCUGUACCUGAGACAGCCUAACCAAAUCUUACAGCUGUCCUCUGCCCUGACUUUUACAACCCCAUGCAUAACAUUGGUAUAAUAAUUUACAUCAGAGGUUCAUUUGCAUAUGGCACUAUAGUCUCGCUAUUCUAUCUCUGUUUAUAUCUUGGCCAAAAUUUACAGGUUGUUUCUCAGAUACUGAUGUAUUCAAGCAUAAAUGGAUAGCAGCUAAUGCCCAUUAGCAUCAGCUAAUUAUUGUGCUUGCUGCAAAAGUCCCUUUUAAUAGGGCUUGAAAUAUCUGCAAUGUGCCCUUUUCCACCUAAAUGUGACAAAUUGGAUAGACUGUUUAGGGGAACAUCUAAAAAUCUAUUUGACACAUGUUGGAAACUAUGUGUCCAAUAAAGCCUCAUAUAUUUAUUUCAUCAUGUUGAAGAAAUUGUAGUCACCCACGGUUGUUUCUUGGGGCACACCAGGGUUUAAUGUCAUGGGGUAGGCAGCAUAAACACACUGUUUCAUAACUACUAUUGUUAUCAAGAUUAUAUAAAGAAUCAAGAACUUUUUUUUUUCAAAUUCUUUUCAUUCAUUUGUGCCCAAUCUCUGAAAUGGUGCUAUGUUGUAUACAUCUCUGGAAGUGGAUGAUCCCUUUUGCAAGAAGGUGUCAUGCUAACAACAGACAGUAUGUAAUGUUACUAUUUUAUACAGUAUUUAUUUGUCAGUACUACUCAAGCUACUAAUGUACUAUAGAUGGAAACUAAAGCACAUCCCAAGCUAAAAAUCCAGAACAUAAUUACAGAGCCAGUUUUUUCAUUCAACAUAAUUAAUAAGAUAACUACACAAUGGUUUGGCAGAUGUCCAAUCAAAUCAUAUACAACAUUUGUCUGGCUAAUUGACUUUAGAUCCAGUACUCAAUAGACUGCACAAAUGCUUUGUAUGAACAUUUCCCUUUCUGCAAGCUGGACUGAGACCCUGAUGUAUGCAGCCCCUCCCCCGCCACCAUCACCAACACCCUCACCAUCUUCAUCCUGAUUUAUUUAGUUUUAUUGAAGUGCAAUAAAUUCCUCUUGCUUUUGUGAGUCACUUUUUUAUUGGUCCCUGUGGAUCUUUGCAAUUACAUCGAGCGGUUGGCUGCCUCGUUUAUAUUGAAUCUCAGUGUAACACGGUGAAAAGAUGAUUUGAAUCUGAGUCAAGGGUUGAAUUGAUGAGAGCUGAGUUAUGCUAGCUUGUCAGUUUCCUGCAUGAUAAUUGCUUGUCACAUUUCUGGCAAUAAAUUGAUUUUUGUUUCGAGAACAUCAAAAAAAUAAAUAAAUGAAUUAAUAAUAAAAUAAAAUACCUUCUGCAUGCUAUUUGAGCACUAUACUUUGUUUUAUUUGAACACAUCAGGAUUUAUAUGCACUUAUUUGUGUUUUUGUAAUAUUUAAAUUCAGAGCUUCAGGUCAUUAAAACCCCAUUGUUCACAGAAUAAUUAAAUUAUAGACAAGUUUGCAGCUCUAUGUGCGUUUGGGUUUCUAAAUAGUAAUCUCAAUGCUUUGACGUCAAUGAUUAAUUGUCACCAAGCAGAAACAACCACAAGAAAUGUUGUGUUUUUGUUUUCUCUCAUUAGUUCAAGUCUUGGUGGUAAUCAUUAUAGCUUUCUAACACACUGAGAAAGUCUCAUAUUCCCAACUGAAGCUAUUGUGCUGCUGCCUUUUCCUCCUCCUCCUUUUCAUUAGCUCCUAUUGGUUUAUUACAUUUACCCCUGCUUCUUUCUGUCCAAGGAUGCUGAGUCAAAGUCCAGACUUAUCCUUAUUCGGUUAGAGUUCAUGAUGAUGCAGGACGUUUGCUGUUUAUGUGCAAGUAUUUUUUUAGUCACUCACAUUUGAGGAUAGAGUCAGGAUAACCUGUCCUUUGUACUCACUGCACUCCUGUCGUUCAGGACUAACGGAUGAUUUAUUAUACAAUUUCUUUCUUUGUAGGAGUGAGUGGUAAUUAUUUGAAGCCCAUAUGUCUUCUCUGAAAAGCACACUUAGUCUCUCGAAGUCAGCAUGUGUCUGCUGUGUCAGGCAAUUUGAUUUCCUCCAUUUAGCCCUGUAACCCUACCAUUUAUUUAUUUAUUAUCUGGCCCCUGACUAAGUGCUGCAGGCUUUCUCACUGGUAGGUAUGAAUGAUUCAAGUCUGUUUCUCCUUUAACAGAUAAAUGGACUGUGAAUGUAAAUAUUUUCCUUAAGAAAUACUCUGAUUAAAACCGAUUGAUUAUCAUGCUAGCUAAGUCUAAGGCAAUGGACCGAUAUCGCUGCAAGAGCUGUACGAUUAUCACUAUGCAAGAUUUUAAAUGUUGCCCUUAUUUUGAAAGUAAAAACAGUGUUUGUUAUGCUAGUGGAGUUAUACUGGUUUUUGGUGGUCCAUCAUUUGGGUACAGAGGAAUAUGUCAAAAUGUUUCCUUGCUGAUUUAUUCUUGUGACUUUGGUGAUCCCCUUUUCUACUUUUCUAGAAGUGUCAUUGCAACUGCAAACAUGCCACUCUAAAAAUUGUGAUUGUAGGAAAAACGAUCCCUGCAAAACCCAGCAUGUUAGCAUCAUCAUGUGGGCAUGUCAGUGUGCUUACAGUGGCAAAAAUAUUCAAGUAACACUGUGCAUAAAUACAGAACUAAAAACUGCUUUUAAAGCAUGAUCUUUUUGGUCUUACUUUUGUUUGUUGAUUGGUACAGAGUUGUAUAGAUUGUAAAAAAAAUCAGGGUUGAUGUCAAUACUGAUGUAAGUACAGUUAAGCUGAUGACUGGUUCUGAUGUUUAUUGCAUUACUUCUUUGUAAUUUUUCGAGUCUGUUUUUUAAAUGAGAUAGGAGAUUUGAUUGACUUGAAAUGUUGUAAGUAGUCCCUCCAUUUAAGUCUCUUGUGUAAUAUCUAUCAUGCAUGUCUUACAAACUACAUUACUCAGUAAAAGGCCUCUCUUCCGAAAAAGCAGUUAGGUGGGACAAUGUUUUCCAGCAUUACUUCCAUCAGGGAUAUUCCUUGUUCAUAUGUAUUCAGGGAAUUUGUCACUCAAUUGAUAAUUUUUGACAACAUAUUAGUUUUAAAACACAAAAGAGGAAACUAAAUGUUCUGAUAUUACCUGUUAAGGGGCUGCCCCACAACAAACCAACUCUGUUUAUCUUCUGGUUGUGUGAUUAAUGUAUUAAUGUCUGUGUAGCCAAAGUUUUUUUGACAAUCGAAAGUUAUUCUGUAAAAAGUUUGUAUCCAAUCUUGUUGGUUUGACGGGUUUAAAUUUCAGUUCAGAGUAAAGGUUGUCCAAGCAUUAAGAACUGCAACUCCACACCUCUGCUUUUCUCUCUGGCCUAUCAGCCGUGCCAGACAACAGCAGGCUCAGUUGCCAGACAAGACUUAUUGGGGUCCAUUACAAAUGCCUGAAACUGACCCUCUCUUGUACACACAGACAUACACACUUGACUCAGAUCCACGUGGCUGCCAGCAAAAAGACAUCCACAAUAUCUCUUCUCUAGAAUUUGCAUGCAUUAUAAUGGUCCUUAAAAUCUCCUAGUUGCAGUUUCCUGCUGUGCACGGUUUAUUUUACAGUAACUUUUGCACUCACUUUUGAAAACACUCACAUGUCGCUUAAAUGACAGUGGCAAGUCUCUAGUUGUCGUAAUCUGAUCAUUCCUGUACUGUGAGAGGCAGCAUGGAAACUCUAUAUUCAAAACAUGAUCAUCCAGUUGAGGCCUGUAAGUGGAUUAUGAAUAAUCAGGUAAUGCUAUCUGUUACGCUAACACCUUACAGCAGUCCCAAUAGACUGACAGAAUGAGCUGAAUCAGGGAAAAACUGCAGUUCAAUCUCAUAUUAAAAUCAAACUUCACAGAUUUGACAUCUCCAACAUCCUCUGUUAAAUGCGCCCAAUUUUACAUAGGAUAAAAACAAAGAUUUUAAAAACAAAUUCUAGUGUCAGGUAGGGCUGGGCGAUAUGGUAAAAAGUUUAUCACAAUAUUUUUUUUUCAUAUCAGUAGAUAUCGCUAUAUAUCACAAUAUAAAAAAUGAAAUUUAACAGUGCUCAUUGGUAGCAUGUCUUUUGCAAUAUGUUAAGCUACUGCAUCUGUGAGGUCUUUUAAGUCUCUUCGAUGUUUGUCGUAAGGCGUUUCGGCUGCACAUGUGCCAUGGGCUCCUUGCUUGGCUCGGGGAUUGUAACCUUUUGUAUUGCAGGUGCUCUGCCACGUGGAUCUGCUUCAGGUGGUGAAAAGGUUUGAGGUAUUCCCAGACUUUGUGAGAACAUGUACUCGACAUAAUUUGCAGUGCACAUUACUCUGCUUCAUGUCCGACCUCAAAAAACCAAAAUACCUCCACACCACCAACGUUUUAGUGCCAGUGUCUUCAUCUGUUUAGCCUUCAUCUACAUUUCUGACGGGGGUAGCAUUCAUUUUCUUUUUUUUCUCGCCAACAGUGCUGUCAGCUUCACGUGUUGAAGUGCUAUGGUUGUGUGUUGCUGCAGCCUGCUACUACGCAGUUGAUUGCUACCUGGUUUUGAUUCAUAACAUGAUUGGUUCAGUGCGAAGUGAACUCUUUUCCAUUGGCACUACGUAUAGUCUACCAAAACAUGGCGGAAUGCCCACUAUUGAAAAGCAUAUUGACCAUGUUUUUUAUCGAUAUCGAGGGAAAUUAAUUUUCGAUAUAUAUCGUUAUCAUUUUACUGCCCAGCCCUAGUGUCGGGGGACCUUAGGUGUCUAUGACCACAGUUACAAGGCACACAUGGUACUUGAUGAUGACGAUGGUCUUACAGAAAUCUCUGUUUUGCUUCCAGGGAGGUGAGCACUGUUAUUACCAUGGCUGUGUGCGAGGCUUGCCUGGCUCCUGGGCUGCUCUGUCCACCUGCCAUGGCCUACGGUAGGUCAAACACUCAGAGUAGAUUAUGCCACAUUACCUGAUAUGUUGUUAUAGUCCAAUCCAGACAAAUGUUUAGUGUCUUUAAAAAUGCACAUACUUACACAUUAAUGACUUCAUGCUGUUUAAAGCUAACUUCCUGCCAGCUGUGGCUUUAUAUAGAGGUGUAGAUGUGUAUAGAUAUAAAUGAUACAGGUUUUUACUUCCUGUGUGUAAGAAAUACAACAAAAGUUUAGUAAAAUACAAAAGUUGAUACUACAAGGAGAUGGCCUAGUAUUUAUACCUUAAAGUUUUACCUUAAAAAACUCUUUUUUACUCUCCACCCACCCCUCCUGGCUGUGAUCCAGUCCUCCACCUCCAACAUCUCAAAGGGACACAAACAGCUCAGGCGCUCAGUAACAUGUUGCCGUAUUCUGUCUGUUUCAGGGGGAUGUUUUCUGACGGGAACUUCUCAUAUGGGAUUGAACCUGUCGGCAGUGGUGAGGUGAGUCGAGCUCAACUACUUCUUUUGUAAACACUCCUAUCCAGUUUCUUGGCAUAAAACUAAAACAACAUCAGCGUUAUGUGAAAAGAAGCGUCCAAGAACUGGAUCAGGAAAUAGUGAAAAUCUAAAAAAGUGAAGCUGCUCUCUGUUUCACUUUCUCUCCCCGUCUCUAUAUCACUCCAUGACUUACGGGCAGUGCAGACAGUGAUACUCUAUCUCUAGGCUGCUUUAUGGAAAGUAUUGAGUGGAUACACAAUCCAUCAGGAAGCAGGAGGGAGUGAGGAGAAAUCUAAAAUAAUCAACAAAAACAAAAGUAUGAAAGGCUUUUAAGAUUUUUCCAAAAUACCCAUAUUUGAUUUGAGUGUGUAUCCAGCAUUAAGAAAUGACAUAUAACUGAAUGGCCAAAGGGGAUGGGGUGAAAGUGUUUAGACUGGAAGAGGCUGUGUUUUUUUUUUCCAUUAAGAGCCACAGUAAUCGAAGUGCAGCUCAAUUACAUAGACUGCAGAGAUGGAUCAAUGGCCUCCUCUCCACACAUCCUCAAACUCCCUCACUCUCUCUCUCUCUCCUCCGCUUUCUAUCUCCAAUGGGUCAUUUUCAUAAAGUAUUUAUCCCCCAGCUCGAGUGUACAACAGUGUCCAGCAGUGUUAUUGCCAUUAUGACAGCUCAGUGAUUGAUUAAUUAUGCAUCAGAGCACUUUCCUUCCCGUUGAUCCGUCUCUCCCUCACAGGACACGGCAAAGCCUUUUCACACAUACAGAGACCUUGUGACUGAAAAUGAGGAAAAGAGGAAGAGAGAGAAAGUGCUUUGGAGACUUGGCAGAUUUGAAAGGACCAGAUAUUUCAUUUUGUUUGUAAGGAUGCCACCGUUCCUCCAGUUCUCAUGAAUCUGAGGUUACUGAAAGGAUUUUUUGGUUGGCUUUCGCUGAAAAGAGUUUAAACUCUCAGCAAAUCAAACCAAAUUGGACUUCAGCUUUUUUGAAAGAAUUUUGUUUGUUUUAUUGGUCUUUCUUUUUUUUCUUGUGUGUUAAUUUUUUUUGGUUUUUACUGAGAUUUAUUGGAAAGAAAAUCUGCACACCUGAUAGUAUGACAGGUGCGAGGGGAGAAUUGAUUAUACCUGAUGAAGGUUCGUUAUGACAGAAAUUUUAACCCCAAGCCAGGUCCAGGCAUUUGUGAUGUCCUCUGUAGUUAUUUUUAGGGAUUUUCUGAAUUUCUCAGUUGUUUAAAUAGUAACUCUGAUACUGACUGACCAGCUCGUCAUCUGCAUGUAAAGAAAUCCUCAAAAAACAGUCAAAACUGAGCACAACUACUUGACCUGGCUAAACACGGGACUUCAAAAUCUGCAGGUUAGUUAUGUCAAAUUGGUUUACAUUAGUAAAGGUAGCACCACUGGCCUUUGGUCCAUCUUGUAGGUUUGCAUCUGUAUGUAUGUGCUGGUUUUGCAUUGCUCUAGUCAAAUGGUAACAUGCCACUUUAAAAUACUCCCAAAUCAAACUGCGCUAUAAGAUACUAGCUGUCAUAUGUAUUUGUUUACAUCAAGGUAGUAGAUCAUUAUAGGAUUAAUGCAGUAGCCAUUUACCAGAGCUACACCUCCUUCCCUUGUGGACAAACGUGACGAGCAGCAUAUGAUUCAAAUAUAAUGAUAACUCUUUCAAACAGCUAGCAAGCCCAGUGCCAACAAGUACGAGCCCUCUGCAUGCCCAUGCCAGUGCCAUCUAGGUAAAGCAGCCACUGUAAGCUCUAUGUCUGAGGAGAUGGCUUGUACUGAUUAAAAUCAGGAUGUAUGUGUAUUACCUUCUAUCAAAUUGUGGUUAAAAGGAGGUGUUAGUUUUGUAAAAAUCAAUUUCAAUUUCAUAUUGACAAGUUAUUGUCUUGGGAAGGGCAGGUCUGUGAAUAUACUCCCAGUACCUGUAACCUAAUUUAGGAAUUAUCCCAAAUGGAAGGUUCUUUGGAAAAAGUUUCUCAAGAUCCUAAAAAGGUUUCCCAGAUCAGGUAAAUCUGAGAGACUUGUAAAUGAAAGUGUGUCGCUUCUAGUCCUAACUCUAGAACAAGAAGUAGAUACAUACAAAACAUAAGUUUUUAUCAAGUCAGAGGCAUUUAAAAAAUCACACUUUCAUCUCUUUUACUUUGUUUUUCUCUUCUUUAGGAGCACAAUGACCACAUGAUAUACCGCAUGCCGGAUAUCGACCUCUUUUCACCUUCCUGUCCUGGUAAGCCCACUGUCAGACUUAAAAAUCAAAACUUUACACAGAUACUCUUCAUAUUAACUUUCUACUGUCACAGAAAGUAUAUAAGUCAUGCAACAACAGAGGUUUCAUUUGUAGAAAAUCUCCUUUCCUGAUCCUUUCUAAUGACUGCCAGAAAAACAAAGCCAUAAAUCCUCCCUAAAUAACAAACUCAAAUGCUGAUUGUCAUUGCUUGCUCGGGAACGACAUCAGCUUUGUCCUUCUCUUGGGAAGAUCUUAGACAUUCCAGUGAUCUGUAAUGUAAGUCUGUUUUUCGGCAGAUUUUCUCACACAGCAGUUCACAGUGUCCUCCUCAGGUCUCCUAGCUGUCCUCCUCACCCUUCAAAACGUCUCAUUUGGUUGCCUCUUCUCUGCCUCUCCUCUUUGUCCCUCACACUCAUGUUCCUCUCUGCAUUCAACUCCUUCAUCUUCUUCCUGUUACCCAACCCCUGCCUCCUCGUCUCUUUUUCCCCCUGUUCGGCCACUUAUACUCUCUCCCUUUUCUCCGACUGUUGUAUUGAUUUCUCCUGUAGAUCAGUGCAUUAAAAUACAUAGAUACAUCCAUUCUUGGUUGAUGACUCGCCACUUUUCUGGCACUCUCUCUUGCUCUGUGCAUGUGUGUUUUUGUUUCCCAGGAUGCACGGUGAACAGCGCAAAGCCCGAGGAGGACACAGGGAGCCAAACCAAAGGAGACAGUGAGCUGAAAGACGGAGACGGCUGGUCUGAAGAGCAGAAGCCUGUUUUCACUAAAGGACGGAGACGCUCAAAGAGACAAGUCAGUUUUUUAACACAGAUGGCCAUGUGGUAUGAAGAGCUGCUAGUGUCACCAUGAGGGAAACAUCAGAGCUGGGAUGUGCAAACACAAUCAAUAUUUUAAGAAGUCUGUGCAAUGAUGCCAAAUUUCCACAUGCAUGCUGAUAGUUUGUCUCAGCUUUCAUGCAAAAGAAACAGAUGAUGAAAAAAGAGAAAGAGCAGGAGAUGAUUUCUUCACUUUAGCCUUGUUCUCACAUGCUCUAAAUAGUUUCCUAGCCUUGGCCAAGCGGGCUGUAUGUGCACAUGCAACCAGCUGAAUUUUCACCCUGAUUUAAUCAUUGUUUUCCUCUGACAGUCCCCAUAAAACUUCAACAAGAAGUGGGGAUUGCACUGCUUAUAUUUGGCAGCUUGUUUUGCCUUAGUUGUCUGUGUACUGUUUGUGUUUCAUAAGCAACCUACACAUGUUGUGGAAAUAGAAAUUCAGGUCACCAGGAAGACAGACUCUCCCUUCAUGUGCCCGAGACAUUUUUUGCAAUAUCAUCAUAUUCAUCUUAGCUUCGGUUUAUAUCAUGAGCAUUAUUGCUGCCACUUACAUUGUUGUAAUCACUGAAUUCUUUUGCAUCCUUGGAGUGUUUUCAAGUUUUAUUUUCUGUUUAAUUCCUGAAGUAACCUGAACCACAAUCUGAGUUUUAUCUUUUCAAAUGUCAUGCAGAUAUUGAGCUUAUUUAAUGAAUGAGAGAUCGUUGAUUUCCAAGUUGUUGUUUCCCGUUCAAGGACGAAGGCUAGAGUUUCAGCAGCGUCAGCGCGCGUGUGUGUGUGUGUCCUGUGUGUGUGUGUCCUGUGUGAAGGUGGAAAUGACAGCAGUCUCAAACUUUUGGCUGUGUGGAUCUCUUCUCCCUCCUCCAGGUGCGGCGAGACCAGCGCACCGUCCAGACUGAGACCAAGUACAUUGAGCUGAUGGUGGUCAACGACCAUGAACUGGUGGGUGUGACACUGACAUCCAUCACUGCAGCAUGAAGGAAAAAAUGAAAAGACAGUGACUCAGCAACAGUGUUUUUAUCCCUUUGUUAGUUUGCGCAGCUCCGCUGGUCGACCACACAGACAAAAAACUUUGCCAAAGCGGUGGUGAACAUGGCGGAUGCGGUGAGUGGAAACAUUGUUCAUAACUUGUCUCUGAGCUUUCAAAUCAUCUCUUCUUUGUUAUAGAUAAGUCCAUGGCAGUCCCUCAUAGUGGAUCUAUUUUUGGGAGUCUCAUGAGCUCAAUUAGGACAGUUUCCACAUUUCACAGCUUUCCAGACCAGGACAGCUGCCAUCCUUCAUUUGCAAAAAUCCACAAGCUCUGGGACAGGAUGAAAUUAUUCUCAAUUACCUCAUUUUUAGUCUCCAAAUUUGCUCAAGGCUGUUGUCUAUCAUGAGUAUAUUAACAAAUCUGCUUUGAUGAAUAACUAAUAUUUUUUUCUUGUAGCAGACCAUUUCACAUAAAUCCCACCUUUACUAAAUAGUGUCAAAGGAAAAAAUAGUUGCAUCAGAUAUCAGUUCAAUAUAACAAACCAAAAGAAAUCUAUGAAGAAACAAAUAAAGGUAGAGAUAGGAUCAAGUAGAAAUCUGUUGGUCCCAAAAAGUGCAGUUCUUCAAACGGCCUCUAGAGGCAGGCUCCAGAUGUGAGUCAAAUACAGCCCAUAGGAAGUUAUCUGAUUGCAUUCUCUGCUCUCACUUCAAUUUUGAUUGAUCUGAAGCCAGCUCCCAUCUAUUGAUAAGUUUCCAACAACAAAAAAACUUCAAGUCACUCACCCUAGGUUUAGAAAAAUAGCAACAAAACCAUGGGAGCAGAAGUACACACUUUACUGUGUCAUAUAUCCAGUUAUCUUCCAAACAGCAGAAAUUUUACUCUGCUUGUGUCCUCUUCAUCAGCAUGGGGAAAACCUCCUUUGACAGGAUACAAGCACACAGUGAUGUUGGUUUCCAUGCCAACUCACUGCUGCCUUCUUUCUACUCCCUGUCUAAAGAAGAGCGACACAGCUUUCUCUAUUUAACAUUAAUUCAUGCAUGAGAUGAAGUGGAGAUGGACACAUCAAUUCACAAUAAUAUUGAUGUCCCACCUUUUUGCUAACAAAAAAAAACAAAACAUUUAAAUGACUGAAGAAGUCAGCAGUGUAAAAGCCUCUCAUGCUGGUUUGAAGGAGACUGUAAAACUGAACAACUCUGAUGUUUGAGAGUGUCACUUUUGUUUUUUUUUGCCUUUCCUCAUAGACUUUGUUAAUCUGAUACACACAGCACUGCAGGAGCCGUAUUCAUCAAUAUUACAGUCAGUUAAUGCGUAAUAUCCUUUUUAUUGCAUCAAAAAGCUGGGUAGUAAUUACAAUGGUUAUACUAUUUUUUGGUAUACUAAUACACUAUAAUAUACUUACUUCAUAAAUCAAUCAAUUAUUGUUCAAUUAUUACUAAAUUUUCUGUAAAAUUGAACCUUCAGAUAUCAUUCAGAUGCGUCUUUACAAAGUUUCUCAAAAGAACUCCUUAAGCCUCCUCACACUUUUGUGUCAGGUGGGCAUGUGGAAAAAAACUUCCCCAUGCCCCAAAACUUGAUUUUCAAUCCUUUUUUAUUUGUGAAAUGUGAGAUUUUCCUCUGCUCCUUUAAAAACGGAUAUUUUGGUCUCACCUCCUCGAUGGUGAAUUUAUUUUGGGUUUUUAUUUUUCCCAUUUGGGAUGAGUUCAGAUCUACAAAGACCAGCUCAACACUCGCAUCGUCCUGGUGGCCAUGGAAACUUGGUCGUCUGAGAACAGGAUCUCUGUGGGCGACGAUGCUCUGCUUACCUUGCGAGACUUCAUGAAGUACAGAAAGGAGAGCAUAAAGGAGCGCUGCGAUGCCGUUCACCUCUUCUCGUGAGUGUAGUGUCCACAUCUUAAUCAGUGUUAUUCUUAUGCUCUGCUCUCUUCUUCAUCAGUUGUGUCCUUUCCUCACUCUGCCUCCUCUUUCUACUUUCUUCUUCUUUUUCCUCUACCUCCUCAUGCUCUUCCUCUUGCGUGUCUGUCCUCCUCCUCCUCCUCCUCCUCUACCUGCACCUAGUAUUAAAGCAUUCUCUCUGUCUUAACAGUGGGAGGACGUUCAUGAGCAGCCGCAGCGAGGCCGCCUACAUCGGAGGCAUCUGCUCCAUCACCAGAGGUGGAGGCAUCAAUGAGGUGAGACUUGUGCUUCUUUCAGAUCAGAGACAGAGGCCACAGAUCAGCACAUUGGAUCAAUAUUUAAAAAAAAAAGACAUGUAUAGAAGUGAAGGUUUCAAAACAGUCACGGACAGAUGACUAUCUUUUCUCUCUGUUCACUUGCUGUUAUGUGUGUGUCUUCAGUUUGGCAGCGUGGGCCCCAUGGCCAUCACACUGUGCCAGAGUCUGGGCCAGAACAUCGGCAUGCUGAGAAACAAAGAGCGGCCAGCUGCUGGUGAGAACAAAAAGCUUUGCAGAUUUUGCUUUAGCUCUCUCACAAGGUUCUUGAGAGUAAAAAACAGAGGCUUGAAUUUGUUUAUUUUUGUUGGUAUAUCUUUCCUAUGAGAUAAAAUAAUCCAUCCUUGACAUAUGCGUCUAUGAAACACAAGUUGUGUUAGGAUAAAUAUUAUACAGCUAACUCACCGAGGAGACAAACAAAAGUCACCUCUGCUCUAACAGCUCCCUCUAGUGUUGAGCUGACAGAUGUGCUGUGUUGAAAUUCUGACAUGUCACUCAAAGAUUUUUCUUCCGGACCCUGACCUUUUCUGCAUUGUGGUUUUUGUUUAUGUGUGUGUGUGUGUGUGUAUGUGUGCCCAGGAGACUGCAGGUGUCCAGAUCCAUGGCUGGGCUGUAUCAUGGAGGACACAGGGUAUGACCUUCAUUUACAACAGAUCAAUAACAGACAGAAUGGGGAUUAAAAAGUGCUAAAUUAGGAGUUUGCUGAAACAAGGAGGGACAUUAAUUAUUCUCAUUUUUGUUCUGUCCUGCAUGACUUUGUGUUUUGUCAGGGAGCCACAGAGUGAAGGGGGUUAAAUGUAACUUUAAAAAAAAACAUUCAGGCAAAUAAUUGGAAAGUUUUUUGUACACAGGUUCUUCUACAUUUAUUCGGGCUCUUGGCAGGUUAAAGAAAUGUUACCAAUGUAGCCAAAUGUGAUUUCUGUUUUCACUUUUUUAUCAUCAGUUACUACCUGCCCAGGAAGUUCUCACGCUGCAGUAUAGACGAGUACCUGCGUUUCCUCCAACAGGGGGGAGGAAGCUGCCUCUUUAACAAGCCCAGCAAGGUGAGAGGAGGGCACUCGCCAUCCUUGAAGCUGAUUUGUUAAUUGUAUGAUUAAUAAACACUGUCCUGCCCCAUUUCCUGUAGUUGUUUGAUCCACCAGAGUGUGGGAAUGGAUACGUUGAGCAGGGCGAGGAGUGUGACUGUGGAUCGCUGGUGGUGAGUUUAGUGAAAUUACACCAUCAGAGAAUCCCAUGAUUGUUUCGAGUUGAGCGGCUUGUUUUGUAAAACCUCCUACCCAUGCAACCUUAAGCCUUGAACUAAAACCCCUCUCUGAUUUAAAGGAGUGUGCACGAAGUGGAGCCAACUGCUGUAAAAAGUGUACCCUUACCCACAAUGCCAUGUGCAGCAAUGGACUCUGCUGCAGGGACUGUAAGGUAAGAUGUUACAUCACAGCCUGUUAUAUGUCCUACUGUGUCCCUUCAUGUUUCUGAUUUCUACCUUCUUUGCUUGUUUUCUGGUAGUACGAGCUCAGAGGUGUGACGUGCCGUGAUGCUGUGAAUGACUGUGAUAUUCCAGAGACCUGCACAGGAGACUCCAGCCAGGUAAAGUAAAGCUCUGCAGUUCUGCAUUGAGUCACAUGUUUAAGGUAGCAGUACAUCAAAAACUGCUCAUCUCUUUUCUCUUGUAGUGCCCUCAUAAUGUGCACAAACUGGACGGCUACAUGUGUGAUGCAGGACAGGUAAAGUCAUGUUCGGCGUUAAAUGUUUCCUCUCUUUUCUGUCCAUGCUCUCCUCAUCAUUUCCACCAUUCUCUUUCUCGUCAGGGUCGAUGUUAUGGAGGUCGCUGCAAGACCAGAGAUGGCCAGUGCAGGUCUCUUUGGGGCUACAGUAGGUUUGGAUUAGAUAUUAACCCUUAUGUCUUGUUCAUACAUUGGCUUUGUUAGUUCCUAAUCCCGUUUGGUCAUUGCAUGUCAACAGUUAAUGGCAGUGUUCUAAUAUUACUCGAUAGCAGACUGUUGCUAUGAAGAAUAAAGCGUUGCUAGGGAUGCCUUUCUAAUCAGUGACUCUGGUGGACAAACUGUAACCAAAUCAAUAAUUAUUUGUAAAACUUUGCCAACAAAAAAUAACACAUCUGUGUAUUGUGGUGUUGACCAAUCAGAUUUAAGAAUUUAACACAGCUCUGCGUUUCACUUCCAUAACAACCUGCUCUCUAUACACCUUUCCACAGUGUAUGACUACAUGAAUGAUGGUUAAAGUUGAGAUUUCUGGGCUUUUAUUUUUAAUGUUAUACACUGACUGUGUCCUCAGACUCAGCCGACAGAUUCUGCUAUGAAAAGCUGAACUCUGAGGGUACAGAGAAAGGAAACUGCGGCCCAGACUCCAGCGGUCAGGGAUGGGUGCAGUGCAACAAGCAGUGAGUGAACUUCACUGUUUGAUUUGUUUUGGAAACUCUGAUUUAAGUCCUUAAAUUUCUUUCGAAUGUUCGUUUAUGAUUGAUUAUUUUCAAUGAUUUUGCUUGUGUUUCCAUCAGGGAUGUACUUUGCGGUUUACUGCUGUGCACCAAUUUGACUGCUAGGCCAAAGUUUGGUGAACUGCAGGGGAAACUCACAAGUCUGACCAUUCACCAUCAGAACAGAUACAUGGACUGCAGGUGAGCUAACCUUCCUGUGGCUGCUUGGUGGGUUAAAAUUUUAAAGUCUGCUUGCUUUUAAACAGGACAAGUAAAAGUGACAGAAAAAAAGCAUGAGGGGGAGGAAGAUAAUUGUUUUGGACAUUUAAUUUUUUUUAGGGGUGGCCAUGCAGUCCUGGAUGACGGCUUGGAUCUGGGAUAUGUGGAGGAUGGAACACCUUGUGGGCCAAAUAUGAUGUGUUUGGAUCGUCGCUGUCUCCCUGUCACCACCUUCAACCUCAGCAUCUGCCCGGGCUCCUCCUCCUCACGCAUCUGCUCCCACCACGGGGUGAGUCUGUCAGUGUGCAGCACUUUGAGAUUUGAGUAAUUGUUUUCUUAACUGAUGUUCAGAGAUGUAAAAAUGUUAAGGAUUAAAAAAAUGAUACGUUGAAUUGUCUUUGUUUCCUCUCAGACCUGCAGUAAUGAGGUUAAGUGUAUCUGUGAUUCAGACUACACUGGAAAGGACUGUAGUGUGUUCGACCCAAUUCCUAUUCCCACCCCACCAGAGGGCCAAGAUAAGUACAAAGGUAACACUGAGCAGUUUGUCUCCAGACACUUGCAGCACACUUACUGUGGUGCCUUACCUCUGAAGAAGACGGGAGGCAGUUCUGCCACACAGCCACAACAACAAGUGUUUUACACUUUAAAUGCCACAUUUAUCUCAUGGGAAGUCUGAUAGAGAUAAACUUUGACAAAAGUGAAAGUUUUUCGUGGAAAAAAAGUUUCUUCUUUUGUCUCUGAAAAUAGGGAAAAGAUGGAAAAUAUGUAAAUGAGAAUGGUUCAAAUGCAAAAAUAGCUUGUACUAGAAUAUGGAUGCAAAAUUUUGAUUAAAAAAAAAUGCAGUAGUUUGCAAAUCAUUAAAAGCCUGUGAUUCAUUGAAAUUAGACCAAGGAGAAGAAAUCAAAGGUUGAAACUGAUAAAUGAUCAUGGAAAACAUAUUCUUCUCUUAAAUUUGAUGCUGAGCUCUCAGCACUCUGACAUGCUUUAUUUCCUACUCUUCCCUUGGCUGACUCCUUCACUCCCACAGGUCCCAGUGGUACCAAUAUCAUAAUAGGUUCGGUUGCUGGUGCUAUUCUACUGGCAGCGAUAAUCCUGGGGGGAACUGGAUGGGGAUUUAAGUAAGAGCUGUGGCAUGCCUCCAUCUGUGUGUGCCUGCUGUGUUCCUCUGUCAGCUAACACACAUGCCUGCGGCUCGCUGCUGACUGCUGCUCUGCUUGUUGUACUUAACAUGCUCACAACCUGAGACUAUGUAGGAUAAUUUUGAACACUGGUGGUUGUGGGAGAGAUGAAAUUCCAUCUGCAGGUUUGGUUUGGAAGAAGAAAGCCUCAAAGCUGUAUCUACACAUCAUUUAUUGGUCUUAAUUGGAGAGGAAGCUCUGUAGUAUCUCCAACAUGUCUACUCUGUUAAGUGUGCCCACUAAACCAACAAAAUAAACAAUUCAGGUCAGUUUGAAGCUAGAAAACCAAAACAUUUACAUUUUUGUGUGUGGAAAUUUUCAAAAUAAAAAACAUCUCCCAAUUUCUCAUCUGUUAUCAAACUAACAGUUGGAUUUGCAGGGGAGCUUGUGUUUCUGGUUUUGGGUGUACUGCAUAUUUGGUUUAAGUUGUAGUGAGUUUUUUGUGGCCCUAGAGAAAAUGGAGCAGAGUCUGAUAAUAUUCUGAAGUGAUGUCUCUUGGGUCAAUGGGGUCUUAGAGCUUGAAGUUAGGAAAAAAAAAAUCUGGGGGUGGGUGGUCAAAUAAAGAAGAGAGAGUACCAAAAUGGCAUGCCAAAAGCCCCAGACAAACAGCCAUGAGCAGAGUUGCGCUGUGGGUAAUGUAGGCACAUAGUCAAUCCCUUGUAAGUCUGACAGUUUGUAGGCGUGCUAAUUCGGAGUACUAUUUUAUACCUGGUGGUGGUGCACCAUAGUGAUGCACAUGUUCCAAAUAAAAGAGACCUGCAUGUUCCUCUCUGUACAGGUAGAUAUGAGCCCAGGUCUUCUUUAUAGGACUUCUCAUUUCUCACUCUUGAGUGCUAUCUAACCUCUUGCUAGCUUUGUUGUGGCAUGCCUGCAGGAUGCAAACAAACCAGAAUAUCUCUGCAACUCCAGCUUUAUUCUUGAGCCUUAACCCUAUGACUGUAUCAUGUAUGACAGCAUUAACUCAGCCUGAAUGAACACUGACAAUGCCAGCUCACGAUUAAAAAGAGAAUGAAUCUGCAAGUUUUCAGUGCCUGUUAACGCUUUGCUUGGAUUCAUCGCAUGUGUAUUUUUUAAAAACUUAUUUUUGCUCACACAAAACAACAGUUAAAAGUCUAACCUGCUUUCUAAAUCCCUUUUUUUCUGUUUCUCUUUAUCUGCUCCAUGUUGUGUUCCUGCCUCUCUGCAAAUCCAGAAACAUCCGGAGGGGAAGGUAUGAUCCCACUCUUCAGUCUUGAUCCAAACAUCCUUACAUUUGAGUUUCACAAUUCAGUAUGAGUAGUUUUUAACACAUAAACACACACUUUUACAUUUCCUGCUCCAACAGACUUAUUUUUUGAUUCAACUCAUUUUUUAAAAUCAUAGUUAACUGAAUAAAUUAAGUUCACAGCAUGACUCAACUCCACAAACUCCAGCGUUUAGGCAGCCUGUGUAUGUCAAAGCUUUACACAGAUGGGCCUUUAAAACAGACUUAACAUAAUCCAGUAAAUUCAAAAGUUUUUCUUUUUUUUUUUUUUGCAUUUACAACAACUUUAAUCGAAAUGUGAUCAAACUCUUUAUAUUAACUAUUUGUAUUCUGUAAUCAAAGAUUGCUUUGUUAUUAUUUGUGUUGCAUGAAACAAGAUUCGGGCUGCCAUUUUUACUUCACAGCUUCAGUUUCAACUUUGUAAUAUCAGUUUAAUAAAAUCUACCAAUUCAAGGCAAAAUAUCUCUAAGUUACUUUGUUUUUUUUUAUCUGUUGUGGCUACCUUUGCUUUUUUUGAAAAACAGAACAUUUUUGUGGUUUUGAAAAAUUAAUCAAACAAAAAAGGAGAAGCUUCUGAUUUCAGAAAACUGUUCCAGCCAGUCCUUACUGGUUUUCAAUGUUAUACUGGUAAAAAAAGAAAAAGAAAAAGAAUAUUCAGACAUACAAAUGUAUAUGUCUUUACAGAUUAAGUCUUUAAAACUGUAAUUUGUCUGCUUUAAAUUGUCUGAGCUUCUCUGUUGGAUCUCAGAUUCCUCAAUUCUUUCCUCUUCCUGCCCUCUUCCUCUUUCCUCCUCCUCUUCCUCCUCCACUUCCUUCCUCUCCCUUUUCUAGAUCUUCGGGGAUGUGACUUGUACCUCCUGGCUGUCCUCUUUACCUUUCACUGUGUCCAGCCUACUCUAAGGAGAAGAACAAAAAACAAAGAUGUCUUCCACUUCUAAACCCUCAGACCUUUUCUGUUUCUUGCUCUCAUUGGUCUCCUGGAACAUUAAGGUCCUGGGGACACAUUUGUACCUGAGCUUAGCGGCUGUCAGGAAUUAUCUGGUAUCAAGUAUCCAUGAAGAAAUAACACCCUAAGCUGGAGUGUACUUUCUCAACUUCUUUUUACCCUGUGGUUUUAGCAUUUAUUUUCACUGAAUAGACUGUUUGGUAUACUUUCUACUUCUGAUAGUGAUUACUUUGAAGGUCCUCUGUUCAUACCCAGCCAACAUAUUUAGAAUAUCACAUAUCCUAAGGACGAGACAACCACUGCCUCUCAGCAGUGUGAAUCUAACUGCAAUAGAAGUGUAGAAAUAGUGUCUGCUGGUAACUGGCGAUUAUUUUUGUGUGCUAGGCCUUUACAUUCCAGCCAUAAAUCCCCCUGUUACGCUGCCUUUCAUUAAGAACCAGUAGUCAUGUAAAACAACGCUCCUACAUAAUCUGCAUUAAUGUAUGAAUGUAAAGUUCAGGGCUGCAUGGAGGCUUGUUGUGUCUCUGCUGAUAGUUGCGAAGUCGGAUAGACAGUCGCAAAUGUACAACAAUGACUGUGUAUAAACCUGGACGACGCAUGGGUAUUCCCAAAUUAAGGCCAUGCGCAGGAGAAGUCUGACUAGAGCAGCAGCAGGUUUGACCUCAUGCCGUUUCUGUAAACGAAAACACACAUUUAAUUUACCGAUAGAUCGCCAAAGAUCCCUCAACUCUGUACAGUCCAAAACCAGACACUCACGGUUAGAAAUAGCUCAGUGACUCUUGUGCAAGUGUUGUCAGGCCCAUUUCUCAUCUCAAGCUACAUUUGUCAACAGCGCUGUCCAACAUGAUGCCAAAUCCACUUUUUUGGCAUCAAAUAAGUAAUUAUUGAUAGAUUUUAACAAAAAAAUAACACUUGUACAUAAAAAUUACUGAUAGAAAAAGUAACAGUCACGGAAAUACAUGGUCGUGACAUGUCUUGUUUGCAGGAUAAUCAAUGAAAGGGCCAACAGCCAAGACAGAGCAAUUCAUCCGCAGUUAGACACUACUCAGUCAGCUCAGUCAGUUCUGAGCUGUCAGCAGCUUUUGUUUAUGUUUAGUAUGGUAGCAUUUUCCAUUUUCUCAUACAAGUUACAAGUUAGUCACUUCUUCUGCAUGUAUUUUGAUAUGAGGGCAGAGUGGAUUGAAGUGUGAUGCGUCAGAACAAUCUAUAAAUGUUCACGUGAGAGUGCACAAUGAGUCUGAGUGGUUCUGAACUAGUCUUGAUGCACUUUGCCUAAAUUCUAGUCCAUUUUAAUCCAGUUCAAUCAUAGAUAUGUUGUAUGAAGGAGCAAGUGUAAUGCUAGCCGGUGCAGUCUUUUGGCUUCACUUCGUGGGCCUGUCACGUCGUCCAUCUUUUUAUACAGUCUUUGAUGUAAACAUAUCCUGCUGUAAGAUAUUUAAACCGUACACUACCAAUAUGCAUACACGUAUGCUGAACACGGGUGCUGAUGUACAUAGUGUAUUAUAAACCGAUUUAGACUGCAGUGACUCGCUGCAGCUCUGGAUGGAAGCACAAGUGAAGAGAGGAAAACUCUUCCUGCCUCUCAGCCUAAAACUGCUCAUGUUAAAGUUGAGUGUAUGAAUCUUUGCAGGCUCAGGGAAAUCUGAGCGACUCUUGUUGACCACAUUCCUGAUCAGACAUGCGAGUGUUUCGCCGUACUUCAAGAGUAUAAGAGACAGGAUUUCCAUACUCAGAUCAGACUGUUUUUUAUCUGAAGAACUACACAAAUUAGUGAAUUGGUUUCAGUGUACUCCGCUGCAAUGAGAUGGUAGUUAAAAAACUCAUCUCUUGAUGACUUAAGAUAACUUAAUUAUGAGUGAAUGGAGCAAUAAAUACUAACAUUUAGAAAAUAACCCUAUACCUUGUUCAAAACUAACACCACAACAAAUAUCUAAAAUAUUUUUCCUUGAGAGAAAAAAUAAAAUUCUACAUGUUCAUUAUGUUCAUUGAUACUCAUUUAUCUUCUCUGGACAUCAGAGAGCUUAAAAUCAGGUAUAGACGUUUUAUUCUUAUUAUGAAAAGAUUGGACUGCUUCAAAAUCAACAUUUUACUAAUAACAGGGGAGCUGCAUAAUAGCACAGACUGUGCCAGAAGAGAUGAUCUAAGCUACACUGCCAGUCCACCUUCAGUAGCAUUUCAGGAAUAUAUUGACACUGGAAGUUAAUGCCAGGUUAAUUAAUAAAAACAUUCCUUUAUCAAAAUCAAAACUGUCAACCUGUAUUUUUAUGUUAAACAGCAGGUGCUGUGAAGUUCUCAGACUUUAUCAACUCAGACCAAAAUCCAAAUAUCUGCAUAUCCCUUUUGUCAAUACUCUCUACUCUGUAUUUACGCAGUGAAGAUAUUUAACUGAAGGACACAGUUGGCUCAAAGCUCAGGACACGCUGUGAUAACCACUUUUGAUUGUGCUCACAUGUCAUAGUUGGACUCAUCAGAAGAUUUUAACAUUAUUCAUACAAGUCAUCAAAUGUCUGGUCUUACAGGAUGGUAGCUGGUAUUAACUUUCUAUGUAUAAUAACCCUAUUGCUGUAUAUCAGAAUAUAUAAUAAACAUAUCUGAUUAAGAGUGG